CUGGUAUUUGCUGUCUUUUCGUUGAAUUAGGCCCGAUUCAUACGUCGCGCUUUUCAUGUGCCGAACCUAAUAUCCUAUUUGGGUCGACACAAUUACAAUAGGAUCGACGUUGAUUCAUACGUCGCACCUAAUGUGUUGAGCCAAAAACUCUGAGCAUGAGUAAGCGGUAAAAUCAGCCAGCGGAGUUACGUUAAAUUGAAACAAUUCAAAUCAAAACAAACAUGGCGGACGAUAAAAAAAGACUACUUUUUCUCCGUGCUAUUCGACAUGCAAGGGCAUCAAGAAGGCAAAAUAUCAUGCAGUCUAUGCUGUUACUUGUUAGCAGAAGAAGACAUAUAGUCAGUUUCGCUGUAAUGCUGUUGCUUCUUUCCUUACAAAAUGGUGUUUACACUUCGGGGACCGUUGCGAGAUCGUGUCGCCGCCUCUCAAGAAAUGCCGGGUGGUGGGAGACGGUUUGGACUCAGUACACCAACAGAAGAUUCAAAAAAACAUUCCGGGUUUCUCGAGAGACAUUCCAAUUCAUUCUUAAAAAAAUCCAUCAUCGCCUUGUCAAAGAAACGAAAGCAGAAGACCCUGUAAGCCCCGAGUUGAGACUCGCCAUAUGUUUGUAUAGGCUUGGCAGAGGCGAUUAUUACUAUACUAUCGCAGAAAUGGUUGGUUUGGGCGUUUCGACGGUCUGUAGCAUAGUACAGGAAGUUACGGCGGUGAUCGUAGAAGAAAUGUGGGACUCAAGUAUAACAAAGCACAUGCCGAAGUCAGAUGAAGACUUUAAAACAAAGAUGAUCGACAUGGAAACAAUGUGGCAAUUCCCCUGUUGCUGGGCAGCAAUUGAUGGCUGUCACAUCCCGAUCAAGUGCCCACCAGGAGGCCUGGAGUCCUGCAAAGAGUACCACAACUUCAAAAAUUUUUAUUCAAUAGUGCUGAUGGGGAUGGUAGACUCAAACUAUCGGUUUGUGUGGGGCUCCUGUGGAUUUCCUGGCAAYUCACAUGAUGCAGUGAUAUUUCAAUCUACUAAUAUAUGGGAGAAGAUUCAGUCAGGAGAGUACAUUCCCCAAAUUGGCAAGAAAGAAAGUGAGAUUAAAAUACCUCCACUCAUUAUUGGUGACUCGGCAUUCCCUCUAUGUACCUGGCUUAUGAAACCAUACACCCAAGCAACGUUAACACCACAGCAAAGGUAUUUCAAUUACAGGUUAAGCAGAGCCCGGAUGGUUACAGAAGGAGCAUAUGGGCAACUGAAAGGGCGAUGGCGUGUAUUAUUGAGAAAAUGCGAGAGCAGUAGAGAGGAAUUGAGAACGACUACCCUCGCGUGCAUGGUUUUGCACAAUGUAUGCAUCGAGAAGGGGGAUAGUCUAUCUAAGAAAUUAGAUAUUACUGUCAAUCCACAAACCCAAGGUAGAAGAGACUGCCAGGAAGUCAGGCAGCUACUGCAGAUGAGAGAAUGCCAGAAAGUUAGGGACUCACCUGCAGAGGCAAACAAGGUCAGGAAUGUCCUGUGCCAAAAACUUUGGCAAGAAAAAAYAACUGGAAAUGUUUGUUGAUGGACCAUUUUUGUGAAUGGGUUUUUUCUUACAAGGGAGCUCUUUGAUUUCAUAGAACAUUGUYGUACUAAGUUAUAAGGUCCAAGUGUGUACAGGCCUGUAGCUGGCCUCAAUGAUUUCCUUUUGAAUAUGUAUCCCUUUUGAAUAUGUAUCUUUGUCAUUUAUCACAUCUUAAAGAUAUAAUUAAACUCUUUACAUUUAUGUUAUUCUGUCACUUGACAAUGGCAUAGCUAUGACACCAAAACAUUGUGGUUUUCUUGUAUUGAACUUCAUUUUGCUAACUUAAUUGUUCAAUCUUUAUUAAUCAAAUAUGUAUUCAUAUUUUUUUCCUUUUUUAGUCCCUAUUUUUUCUUAUUAGCCCACCCUCUAAGAAUUACCCAACCAUAUAAAAGAUACAUGAUAAAUACAUCACAAGUUUUAUAAUGAAACAUUUUUUUUGUAUAAAUAGAUAAAUACAUUUGUUUUUGCAAUAAAUAUGCCUUAUAAAUAUUUUUUAAAUAAAUAUAUUAUGAUUUGUAUGCAAUUUGACCUACUGCUGUCUUGUGCUUUAUAAGGAGGUGGCUAAAUUGGCUUACUUUGCAAUACAAAUAGAGUUACUGUAAAAAGUAUAAKCAUGUUGCAAAAUAUAUUCAUUGUACUUUCAAAGUAAAAUAAUAUUACUACAUCAUUAUACUGUCCUUAAGUGCAACUAU